AUGCAGCUCUCGCUAGCCCCGUGUCUUGUCUGUCUGCUUGUUCAUGCAGCCUUCCGUGCUGUGGAGGGCCAGGGGUGGCAAGCCUUCAAGAAUGAUGCCACAGAAAUCAUCCCUGGGCUCAGAGAGUACCCUGAGCCUCCCCAGGAGCUGGAGAACAACCAGACCAUGAACCGGGCAGAGAACGGAGGGAGACCUCCCCACCAUCCCUAUGACGCCAAAGACGUGUCCGAAUACAGCUGCCGCGAGCUGCACUACACCCGCUUCGUGACCGACGGGCCGUGUCGCAGCGCCAAGCCGGUCACCGAGCUGGUGUGCUCGGGCCAGUGUGGCCCCGCGCGCCUGCUGCCCAACGCCAUCGGCCGCGUAAAGUGGUGGCGCCCGAACGGGCCCGACUUCCGCUGCAUCCCGGACCGCUACCGCGCGCAGCGGGUGCAGCUGCUGUGUCCCGGUGGCGCGGCGCCGCGCGCGCGCAAGGUGCGUCUGGUGGCCUCCUGCAAAUGCAAGCGCCUCACACGCUUCCACAACCAGUCGGAGCUCAAGGACUUCGGGCCGGAGACCGCGCGACCGCAGAAGGGUCGCAAGCCACGGCCCCGCGCCCGGGGCGCCAAAGCCAACCAGGCGGAGCUGGAGAACGCCUACUAGAGUGCUCCCGCGCCCACGCCGCCCCCGCGCGAUCCGACUGGUUUUCAUUGUAAAGCCUGCAGCCCAAGCCAGGGGCACCAAACCUUCCAGGCCGUGCGCGGAGUCCCUAACCUGUAGAGUCCCCUCGCCCUCCUGCCCGCUGCGGGGGGGUUCCUGCAGGCCGGGAGAAGGAGCUGAG